AUGAUUAUCCAAAAUAAAUUAGUCGAUACUUAUUUAAUUUUAGAUGAUUUAGACCCAGUGGAAAUUUAUACUAAUAACCUAACUUAUUGGAGCAGUUUUCAACAUAUCAAAUCUUUAAUAAAAGAUAUAUUUUUACCCAAGGGAUAUCCUUAUUCUGUGAGUUCAGAUUAUUUAGAAUAUCAAAUAUGGGAUUUUUGUCAAGCAUUUUGCAGUUCGAUUUGCGGUACAUUAACCGUUCGAGCUGUAAUGAAAGGUAUUGGGGUGGGUUCGAAUGUGGCUACUCCAAUGUCAGCUGCACUUACAUGGAUUAUUAAAGAUGGCACUGGAAUGAUUGGGAGUAUAAUGUUUGCAUGGUUGAAAGGAUCAAAAUUAGACUCGGAUUGUAAAAAGUGGAGAUUAUUUGCUGAUAUAUUAAAUGACAUAGCCAUGUUUAUAGAAUUAAGUAUUCCGAUAAUUAUGGAUUAUUCAAUGUACAUGUUAUGUGCUGCUACUAUUUUUAAAGCAUUGGUUGGUACUGCUGGUAGUUCGACAAGAGCUGCAAUAAUUACCCAUCAAGCCGUUAAAGGAAAUACGGCUGAUGUGUCAGCUAAAGAUGGCAGCCAAGAAUUAUUUACAAAUCUUUUGGGAUUUAUAUUUGGUAUAUUUUUAUUAAAAAAUGUAAAUGAAUCUAAUCAAGUUUGGAUAGUGAUGUGUACGGCAACGAUAUUUCAUUUAAUAUUUAAUUAUAAAGCUGUUAGAUGCUUGAAAAUAAAUGUUUUUAAUGGAGAAAGAUUAAGACUUACCCUUCUCUCUUAUCUCCCUACAUCAUGUGUGCCCACGAUAGAACAAGUCAAUAGAAGGGAGCCUGUAAUCUUAGGAUGUGGAACAUCUGAUUAUCAAUUGUGCGGUUUUAAAAUCAAAUUUGGAGUCAGCGUGAACAAAGCUGUAAAAUCAGAAAAAAUGACAAAUCAACAAUUAUCAACAUUAGCAAAUGUAUUUCAAAGCAAAAAAUAUUUUAUUAUAAUACAAUUAAAAAAAAAAAUAAUAAAUGUGGCAUUUCGUAAACAUUUUUCCGAUAUUGAUGUACUCAAAGCAUAUUUUCAUGCUAUAAAAAUGGGAAUAGCUAUUUCGAUAAUUAAUUCAAAUUUUGAAUUGCAAAUUAUAAAAAGAAGCAGAAAAAAUUCACCCAUUUACAGAUUGAGAAAUCAUUUAGAAGAUAUUUCGAAUCAGGAUGAAACAUAUUCGAGUCAAAAAAAUAAUUUGAUAUUAAAAGCAUAUAUUUUUUGUGAAAAUUUAAUUGAUAAAGAAUUUUUUGCUUUUUCCAAUUUGUGUUUAGAAGAAGGAUGGAAAAUAGAUAAACAUUUAAUUAAUGUAGAUGAUUGGAGAGGCGAUUGGAAAUAUAUUGUUCCAGAUAAAAGCGAAGCACUAAAUAAAAAAUUACAAGUAUUCAAUUAUUAUUAUUAUUAUUUACACGUUUUUCCAGAACAAAAAAAAAAAUACGUUAAUGUAAAUUUAAUUCUAUUUUUUUUUUUUUUUUUUUUUUUUUUUUUCAUUUUUAGAAAAGAAAUGAAUAUAGACAAGUUGAAAAGAAAAAAUCAAAAGUGA